UCAAUGGUAGGUGAGACAUUUUUUAUUUCUUUUAUACAAUUAUGGUUUGCACCCAGUGAGAUGAACACCCCACAAUUUGGGUUCAGACCUCAUCAAUUUUUCAUUGCCUCCGCCUGCCUGUUGGCUACUUCAGUUGAAUCAAUCUGUUGCCAAAUUGUAUUGGCAACUCGUGGCUGCCAUCGCUACCGAGAUGGUUGCCCGUUUGCACACUCUGCUUGUCUCUCUUGCUUGCCUCUCUGCUAUACAUGGCAGAGUUGAUCAUGAUUACAAAGAUCAACUCCUUAGCUCAGCCCAGCAGGAAAAAGAUUGGUUGGUUUCUAUCAGGAGGCAGAUCCACGAAAACCCAGAACUUCUCUUCCAAGAACACAACACUAGUGCUCUUAUCCGCCAACACCUGGACCAACUUGGCAUCCCUUAUUCUUACCCCUUUGCCAAGACGGGUAUUGUCGCCCAAAUUGGCUCUGGUUCUAAACCCAUCGUUGCUCUUCGUGCUGACAUCGACGCUCUUCCUCUUCAGGAGCUUGUGGAUUGGGAACAUAGGAGCAAAAUAGAUGGCAAAAUGCACGCAUGUGGGCACGAUGCUCACACUACCAUGCUUCUUGGUGCUGCCAAGUUGCUUAAUCAACGCAAAGACAGGCUUAAGGGAACUGUCAGAUUACUUUUCCAACCUGCAGAGGAGGGGGGUGCUGGUGCAUCUCACAUGAUAAAGGAAGGAGCUUUAGGUGACGCUGAAGCAAUAUUUGGAAUGCACAUUGAUUAUAGCACAUUGACAGGAAGCAUAACACUGGUUUCAGGGCCAGUCCUAGCCGCUACAUGCAUCUUUGAAGCCAAAAUAGAAGGAGUUGGUGGGCAUGCUGCGGGACCUCAUUCAACUGUAGAUCCAAUACUUGCUGCAUCCUUUACAAUUUUGGCACUGCAACAGCUAAUCUCUAGAGAAGCAGAUCCUCUCCACAGUCAAGUGUUGUCUGUUACUUUUAUUAGAGGUGGAUCCGCAUUCAGUGUGAUCCCAUCAUAUGUCGAAUUUGGGGGCACUUUGAGGAGUCUCACCACUGAGGGCUUGCAUAAACUACAACAAAGGUUGAAAGAGGUCAUUAAAGGACAAGCAGCUGUACACCGAUGCAAAGCUUUUAUUGACAUGAAAGAAAAAGAUCACCCUGUCUAUCCUGCUGUUGUAAAUGAUGAUGGCUUGCAUCAACAUGUUCAGAAGGUUGGUAGCCUUUUGCUUGGUCCUGAGAAUGUGAAGAGGGGCAAAAAGAUAAUGGCAGGAGAGGACUUCGCCUUCUAUCAAGAAAAAAUCCCUGGAUUCAUGCUAAGCAUUGGAAUUAGAAACGAGGAACUGGGUUCAAUUCAUCCUCCGCAUUCCCCGUAUUUCUUUCUCGAUGAAGAUGUCCUUGCGAUCGGUGCAGCCUUACAUACCGCUCUUGCUGAACUUUACCUUAAUGAACACAAACAUUCCAUUUUAGAUGAAGCAUUGUAAGGGCUUCUACAGUAAUAACAAUUCCUAUGUAAAGAUAUUUUUCUCGUGUUUUAUAUGAUGAAAGGAAGUCCAACGUUCCCAUUGCAGUA